ACCGCGCCAUUUCUUUUUUUCAGACUGUGGUAAAUAGCUAAACUGACAAAUUAAGGUAAAAAUCCUUUUCUGAGGGGCCAAAAUGCCAAAGAGAAAGAGGGAGGCAAGUGGCUCCUCUUCCAGUUCAAGCAGCAGUUCAGGAUCAAACUCGGACAGUGAGAGCUCGGAAGAGCCAACCCCACGCCGUACUCGGAGAUCAACUGCUCGGGAAAAUUUGGAGACAAAGAAGACACCUGUUAGCACAAAAAGUGAACAAUCUCCUAAAAAAUCUCCAGGCCGCCCAGCCAAGAAAACCCAGAAAUCCACCACUGGCUCAGAGAGUUCAGACACAGAUCACAGUAGCGUUAGCAAGAACUCCAAGAAGGAGAAGAAAGAGAGCAGUGUAGAACCAGAGGAGAGCAUUACAGUGAAUAUCUUUGCUGAUGCAGACUGCCCCACACCAGGAUGCAAUGGAGCAGGUCACCUGACUGGUCAGCAUGAUAAACACCACACCAUAGCUGCCUGCCCUGUCUAUCAUAACACCACCCCUCAGGAGUGUAAGGUAAGGAUAAUAAACACCACACCAUAGCAGCCUGCCCUGUCUAUCAUAACACCACCCCUCAGGAGU